GCACCGCUGAAAGCAAAGUCCCGAAGACAUUUUUCUGGGAAGAAUGAACGGAUUACUUAUAAAUCACCAGUACCUCCUUCGGAGUUGACAUGGCGAACGUACCGAGCAUUUCAUCCGCUCAGACCCUACUAUCCCGCUGUGACUUCCGCCAAGUUCCCCUCUACACCGGUCAUUCAGUUUUACUUUUUAGGUAAACAGAAGCAAUUAGCGCGCUGCCUGCGUCAAAUAACCACAUUUAAAUCGCGUGCAGACGUACGGAUCAGCGAGUUCCGGCAUCGUAGAACCAGCUAUGAGAACACUGCCGUUGCUUCCGUUGUCUGUUCGUCAUCCUCCUCAUCCGUGACAGUUUGACCAUUAAGAAUCACAAUGUGCAGAAUGUGCUCCGCAGCACUGAGGUCACAGGAACGGCGGCUUCAGCAUGAAUUGGUCAGUAAAUUUGUGCAGUUUCCACCACACACGCUCUCCUUCCCCACGCAUCUGGACCUGAUGUCGAGAAAGGAUUAGGGAGACCGGAGGCGGGGCCGGGUGUAGUGACUGACGAAGUUAAGCGACCCGUCUGCGCCUGCCACACCUACGCACAAAGGACCAAAGUGUCACGGAAACGACGAAGUUCGAACCCCAAGUGAGUGGGAGUGCCAUAGAGGUCCCAUUAAAAGGGGGACAUUGCAGUCCAACUCUCCGUCCUGAGAGGUGGACCGAGUUAUCCCCGUCAGUUGGCAGUCUUCCAAGCCGCGGUUUUUGAUACACUGUGAUUGUUUUAGGGCGCGCCGGACUGUUUAGCAUGUAGAAACGCAGUGCAGUGCUGUGGGGCGCAGUCGCCAAAGUCCACUGCUGGUCAGCCAACUGAUACUGGGCUUGGGCGCGAGUGACUAACGGAGCUAAACAGUCCGUCUACGCGUGCCACAUACGACCUGCCCCCGCGCGGGACGCCAGAUUUUCGAAAUAAGUGUAUGGACGGCUCGGGUCUCACACGUUUUAGAGUGGCUACUGGGCCUGUCUCUCAGUCCACUGAGUAGUCACUCCAUCCAAGCACUCACAGGGCUGACUUUGAGGUCUGAGUCGUACCGUCUGUUGGCAUACUUGCAAUCCACGACGUUUGGGCACGUCGUGAUAGAUUUUAGCACGUCAGACUCAUUAAGGUUGGGAAUGUGCUGAAGUGCCCUGAGAUGGGGUCCCCAGAGUCUCUUGCGCGCCAGCCGACUGUCCGUGCCUGUCAGCUAUCUGGUGCGGGGAUUGGCCGCAGCGGCUGACAGAGCCGCAACAGAGCCUCUCGCAAGUACUUACACAUGAGCGCCGGUGGCAGCCUGGUUCUCAGCCAAUCAUCUUCCAGGCCGGAUCAGGCGUGCGUGCUCUCGCUCAAGGCGCUGUGACGUGUUCGCAGUGCUACUCGGGACGCCGCUCCUACGGCAACGGACCUGUUCUCUUGUCCAGCUGUCAAGUUGUUCUAACCGGUUCUCCAAUCCUUCUGUACAGAAUACGGUAUCUUUUCAACUGGUGUCUAACACCUUCUGUUUGUAUUCGGGACCGGGCCUGAAGGCCGUAGUGGCUAGCGUCUGUCCAUGGCUUAAGCUGACACGACAGUGCCUCCUCUUCAUGCACCAGAUAAAAAUCUGUAUUAGGACUUGGUGGUGAAAACCGUGACGGCGCUUUUAAAUUAAGCACUUUAAUUCGCUUUUAGCAUGCCGAGACGAUCGACAGUGCCACCCCAGGCUAAGCCCAUGUCGAGAAACACCAAACAAAAAAGGCGACGCCAUUUUCGGUGCCCCCUCCACUAUCACGACUGACCGCGGUGGCCAAUCUGAAUGUCGCCUAUUCCAGUCUCCUCUCCUUUUUAGGCUGUACUAGCAUUCGCACUACAGCCUAUCAUGCGGCAGUCAACGGGAUGGUCGAGCGGUUUCACUGCCAGCUGAAGGCCUCCCUACACGCCGCAGUCGAUCCGGAGGAAUGGACGGACCACCUCCCCCUGGUCCUGUUGGGCAUCCGCUUCUUCCUCAAGUUGAACCUUAACUGUCCCACCGCUGAAAUCGUGUUUCUUGCCAUCGUCCGACUGCCCGGCCAGAUGAUCUCGCCAUCCCCACGAGAUGCGGUCGAGGAUCCUACUAACUUCCUGAACAAUCUCCGGCAAUUCAUGUGGACUCUUUCCCGGUUCCUCCCAGGCCAUCAGUCUCUGAGUCUUAUCUCAAGAAAGACUCGACGAAAUGCUCUCGAGUUUCUCUCCGAUCGGAUGGAGUCUGCCGGCCACUGGAACAUCCUACGACGGCGCCUUCAGGUUUAUCUCUCGUCUGGCGAAGACCUUCCGUAUCCAGCGCGGAACUCUCAGGGAGGUCGUGAACUUCGACCGUCUAAUAGCUGCUGUCCCGGACACUCCCCCGGAUAA